AUGCCGCCCAAAGGUCCCGGGAGAGGAAAGCUGCCCGUCCCGCUCCCUGAAGGCAUGAUCCUGAAGGAUACCGAAGGAAAAACCUGGAGGCUGGGCAGUCAGAUCGGUCAGGGAGGAUUUGGCCGGAUCUAUUUAGCAUCCCUUCAAACUCAGGUUCCUGUAGAAGACGAUGCAGUGCAUGUCAUUAAAGUGGAAUAUCUUGAAAAUGGCCCCUUGUUUUCUGAGCUGAAGUUCUACCAGAGGGCUGCCAAACAAGAGCAUAUAAGAAAAUGGAUGAAUCUCAAAAAAAUAAGAUGCUUAGGAAUUCCAGUGUUUUGGGGAUCAGGCCUGGCUGAGUACCAGGGAAAAAGCUACAGGUUCAUGGUCAUGGAGAGACUGGGGCAAGACCUUCAAAGGAUCUUUGAAGAUUGUGGAAGCAAGUUUAAGAAGGACAUUGUUCUGCAACUUGGGGCACGAAUGUUGGAUACUUUGGAAUACAUACAUGAAAAUGAGUAUGUCCAUGGUGACAUUAAAGCAGCAAAUCUUCUUCUGGGCUACAGCAAUCCACAUGAGGUUUAUCUUGCAGAUUAUGGACUUUCCUACAGAUAUUGUCCCAAUGGGAACCACAAACAGUAUCAGGAAAAUCCUAGGAAGGGCCAUAAUGGGACAAUAGAGUUUACCAGCAUAGAUGCCCACAAGGGAGUAGCCCCAUCCAGACGAGGUGACCUUGAAAUCCUUGGCUACUGCAUGCUGCAGUGGCUGUGUGGGAAGCUGCCCUGGGAGCAGAACCUCAAGGACCCUGUAGCUGUCCAGACUGCAAAAACAAAACUUAUGGAUGAGCUCCCAGAUUCAGUGCUGAGAUGGGAUUCUCCUGGAAGCAGCUGCAGUGAAAUAGCCAAGUUUCUGGCCUCUGUUUCUGGCUUAGCUUACGCUGAGAAGCCAAAGUAUCAAGUGCUGAAGAAAAUCCUGCUGGAUGGCCUGGAGUCAAGUGGGAUGCGCUACGAUGGCCCUCUGGAAUUUUCCACAGUGGCAGUGUGCACACGGAAUCACCACACUGCUAAGGCAUCCAGAGUUCGCCUCCCAAAGCCUCCACCAAAACCAGCUCAGCGGAAGGGAGAAAAGUCAGAAGGUGAAGAACCUGCCUGUCAAAACAAAGUUUGUGGGGGGGUGACAGGCACACAGUUCCCGGGAGAAGGAAAGCCAAAUACAAGGAGGAGGAAGGCUCCACAAGCAGAGCUGCAGCAGCACAGAGAGUUACUGUCUGUAACUCAGCAGGCUCCCUUGCCCCAGCCUUCUCCAAAACCAGUGCAGCAGAAGGAAGACACAGGGCAUGGGGACCUCUCCAACUGCCUAAGCAGGCCCUGCACCCGGGGAACACAGCAGCAGCUCCAGGUGGAAGAGAAGCCACUUGGAUUUUACACUACAUGGCAGGAGCCUGAGCACCCAAAAAAGGAAGACACUGCAAGAGAGCUGCCACCGUUUGACCCCUACAGAAUAGUCUCAGAAUCCCGAAAGAAACACAAUCACCUUGUAACUCCAGUUCCUGCAGCAGCAUCCCAGGCUGGUGCUGACACCACUCAUCCCUCUCUCUCCGCUGUGCUUAGGCUGGCAUUUGCUGAUGAAACCUACCCCUACACUGCAGCUGUUCUGAUGCUUCUGCUGCUCAUUGUCCUGUCCUUGUAUCUGCUUUAA